AUGCUGGAGAAGCAGAGUUGGCCGAAGGUUGGUGAGUUGAACACUCAGUUUGAGAAAUGCCAACUCCAUUGCUGGUACAAUCAAAACCAAAUCAACUGUUGGGGUCACCAUUUUGUUUGCAAGCGAAAGUACCAUUUUAUAAUUCAUGCAAAAGAAGAUUGGAAUGAGUCAUUGGACGAAGAUUUUGCGGAACUUGAGAGCCAUCACUUGUACAGAUUGAUUCACUGCAAUGGAUUCGAGCAUCUCAUCUGCAUCAACGGUUUGAAAUACAAUUCAAAUUUGUUUUGCACAAAGGAUAGUAUCGAAUUCUGGAACCAUCUAUGCACUCUUCUUAGAGCCAGAUUUAGUUUUCUUCAACACAUGCGUUUUUAUCAAUCUUCGGAUUUAGGGGAAACAACACCGAUGAGGUUUGAGAAACUGGUGGAUUCGAUGAGAAAAAGGUGGUGGCCAACAAGAAGGCUUGAGCAUGUGCUCCUCGUGAUCGUUGAUCUAUUGAAGGAGCACAAGAAUGAGUCUCGGGCGCGAAUGUGGCAUGUCGCGACAAGAAUUGAGAGACGAGGUGAGGAGGUAGAUUGUGGACACUGGCUUGAUCAAUUUCAUGCUCAAUUCGAUAAACUGUUUUAUAGUGAAGAAUCAGAUCAUCCGUCGUGCCACGAAUCCCUUUUCCAUGUGGUGUUUGACGAAAAUUUUGGUGACAUAAUUUGAAGAAAUGAUUAACUUUGCUUGGUGCACAACUAUUAUUAAUUGUUUUGUUGAGAUAUAGUAUUUCACAAUAAAGGUUUAUGUUAUGGAA